AUGAACUCCCUCAGCUUCAUAGUCAACCUCUCUCCAGACCUCCCGACUCUCAGAGACGCGAGCGAUGAAACGGAAACGGAAACCCCGAAACUGCUUGUAGAAACAGUCCGAAUCAAACAAGAGACUCCAGACCCCGAACAGCAAGAAGAGGAGGAGGAGGAGGAGGAGGAGGAAGACUACAAAAUCCAAGCCGUGGUGAUCAAAGAGGAAGAAGAUUCGGACGAACGAGUCGAGCAGGUCUCCCAGGCCACGCAGACGCCCGCCCAGCUCGUGACUUCCGCCAACCAGGGUGCCCACCAGUGCCCGGUCUGCCACAAGCGCUUCCGGCAGUCUGGGAACUUGAAGAUCCACCUCCGGAUCCACACGGGCGAGCGUCCGUACCGCUGCUCCGAGUGCGGGAGCAGCUUCAAGCAGCUGGGGAACUUGAAGAUCCACCUCCGGAUCCACACGGGCGAGCGUCCGUACCGCUGCUCCGAGUGCGGGAGCAGCUUCAAGAACUCGGCCAACUUGAAGAAGCACGGGCAGGUCCACACGGGGGAGAAGCCGUACCGCUGCUCCGAGUGCGGGAGGAGCUUCAGCCAGAACCGGACCCUCAUCAACCACCUGAUGAUCCACUCUGGGGAGAAACCGUUCUGCUGCCCAGACUGCGACAUGGCCUUCCGUCACCGAGGGGACCUCAAGGUACAUUCCCAUGUGCACUCGGGAGAGAAGCCGCACAGCUGCGAGGAAUGCGGGAAGCGCUUCAGACACCCGGCCAGCGUCCGGAGUCACCGUCGCGUCCACACCGGAGAGAAACCGUACCACUGCACAGAGUGUGGGAAGAGCUUCACCCAGGUGGGGAGCCUGGCCACACACAGGAAGCUGCACGCCACGGACAAGACCUACCAGUGCGAGGCCUGUGGGGAUCGCUUCACACGACUCGGGAGCCUCACCACACACCAGAGGAUCCACAGCGCAGAGACCGGAGCCACCCCGAGAGAGAGUACAGCGAGCAGGGACUGAGAGGAGAGAGGAGCCACCGCGAGAGAGAUGAAAGAGAGUACAGCGAGCAGGGAC